AUGAAAAUACUUAAAACUUUAUUAUCAUUAAAUUAUUUUGCAAAUAUAAGAUAUAAUAUCUGUACAUCUAAAAAAUUAUUUUUUGAAAAUAAUUAUUUAAAAAAAAAAAUAUAUAUGACUGAUAAUAAAAAGAAAUAUUUCAUAGUAAAUAAAAAAGAUAUAUGUACUAAUGUUAUAAUAAUACCCAUAUAUAAGGAUAACUAUUCAUAUAUUUUUUAUGAUAAUAAAGAAGAAGGAAUAGCAGUUGAUCCUAGUGAUUAUAAAAUAAUUAAUGAAGUAACAAAAAAGGAGAAUAUAAAAAUAAGAAAUGUUUUAUGUACUCAUAAACAUUCUGAUCAUAAUAGUGGAAACUUCUUUUUUUUUGACAACAAAGUAAAUGUUUAUGGAAUUAAAGAAAAUGAUAACAAAUAUAUAAAUAAAAAUAUUAAUAAUAUUAACAAGUUUGAAAUAAAUAAUUUUAAAAUAACAACAUUUAUAUCUAAUUUUCACUGUAAAAAUCAUAUAUCCUAUUUAAUCGAAAACUCUAAAAAUAAAUUAAAAAAAAUUUUUUUUACUGGUGAUUUUUUAUUUGUAUGUGGAAUAGGAAAAAACUUUGAAGCUAAUAAUAGUGAUUUAUAUAAUUCAAUAAAUAAUUUAAAAAGUUUAGAUAAAAAAAAUACCUAUAUUUUUUGUGGUCAUGAAUAUACAUUAGAUAAUAUAAAAUUCGCUUUGAGCGUUGAUUCAUCUAAUGAUAAUUUAAAAACAUUUUAUGAAAAAAUGAAAAAUGAAAGUGACAUUCCUACAAUUCCUUCUUUAUUGGAAGAAGAAUUUUUAUAUAAUCCAUUUUUGAGAUAUAAUGAUGAAGGUAUAAAAAAUUCUAUUAAAAAAUAUGCAAUAAAAAACAAUUAUGUAAUUGAAAAAAAUAGUGAUUAUCUUAUUCUUUUAAGAAUAAUGAAAGAUAAUUUUAAAAUAACAUAG